CAACAAUGGCUCCAGUUCCUUCAGAAGAAAAGAUUCAAUUUCUUAACUCGUUAAAACCACAAAACGUUGAACCAUUAUGGUCCGUGAUGUCCGCUAUGGUUCCUCCAGUUCCUCAACCAAAGGCUAUUCCAACCCUUUGGAAAUAUAAGAAUCUUAAGCCAUUACUUGAUGACUCUGGUAGACUUGUUCCUACUGAAGAGUCCGAAAGAAGGGUUUUGAUGUUGAUCAACCCAAACUUAAAGGCCCCACAAACUACUGAUACUUUAUAUGCUGGUCUUCAAUAUAUCAAUCCAGGUGAAGUUGCUCCUGCUCACAGACACUCUGCUUUCGCCUUAAGAUUCAUCAUUGAAGGUGAAGGUGGUUUCACUAACGUUGAAGGUUCCAAGUUAUAUAUGGAAAGAGGAGAUGUUAUUCUUACUCCAAGAUGGGACUGGCAUGAUCAUGGUAAAGAAGGUGAUGGUCCAAUGAUCUGGUUAGAUGGUUUAGAUUUACCAAUGUUCCAAGCCAUUCCAGUCAACUUCGCUGAACAUUACAAGGAAGACCGUUACCCUAGUUCCGAAGUUGGAGAAUCUCCAUUGAAGUACCCAUGGGGUCCAGUUCAAGAAUAUCUUGACUCUGUUAAGGGUGACCAUGCUAUCUUUGAUUAUAAGCCUAAGACUGGAGAAGGUGCUGGUGUAUCUACUAUUGUUGGAGGUCAAGCUGAAAGAAUUUCUCCAAACGCUUCUACUGGAUUCAGACAAGAAAGUAGUUCAUUUGUCUACCAUGUCUUCGAGGGUACUGGUUACACCGUGAUUACUGAAGAUAAUGGUGAAGAAACUAUCUUGAAGUGGGAACAAAAGGAUACCUUCUGUAUUCCAUCAUGGAAGAAGUUUAGACAUGUUAACGAGACUUCUUCUCAAGCUUAUCUCUUCAAUUUCUCUGAUACUCCAUUACUUAAGAACUUGAAUAUCUAUAGAGCCAACAAAGAUUUGUAG